AGGGUUUUUCCGCACCGGAGGAGGAAAAAAGCAGCAGCCACAAACAACAAGAGCAGCCAUGGUUCUCAAGACGGAGCUCUGCCGUUUUAGUGGUGCCAAGAUAUACCCUGGGAAAGGCAUCAGAUUUGUUCGUUCUGAUUCUCAGGUGUUCUUGUUUGCAAAUUCCAAAUGCAAGAGGUAUUUCCACAACCGCUUGAAGCCAUCUAAGCUUACCUGGACAGCCAUGUACAGGAAGCAGCACAAGAAGGAUAUUGCCCAAGAGGCAGUAAGGAAGAGGAGACGUGCCACUAAGAAGCCUUACUCUAGGGCCAUUGUUGGUGCCACCUUGGAGGUUAUCCAGAAGAGGAGGACUGAGAAGCCCGAGGUUCGUGAUGCAGCAAGGGAAGCUGCUCUCCGUGAGAUUAAGGAAAGGAACAAGAAAACAAAGGAUGAAAAGAAGGCCAAGAAGGCAGAAGUCACGGCCAAGACACAGAAGACACAGGGCAAGGGUAAUGUUGCCAAGGGAGCUGCACCGAAGGGCCCAAAGCUUGGUGGUGGUGGUGGAAAGCGCUGAGCCAUUCAAUUGGUUUAUCGUCUACCCAUUGCGACGCAAAGUAAUAGAUAGGAGAUAUUUGUUAGUUUCCAAAUUAAAGUGUUUGUAAGGAUUGAGUUGGCCUUGUUUGUUGGCCAAAGCGCUUUUGUCUUUUUGUUGUUUAUCGUUCAAAGAUUUGGCACUUCUUUAUCAGGUUAUGCGAGUACACUUUUUAAGUUCUCA